UUAGUAUCACACUCAUAGAGAAAAAAAUUGCUGCACUUGUUUUUACUUGUUUUGUUAUUGUCAAAAAAUUAUAAAUUUAUUGGAUUUAAAUUAAAGUGUUUUUUAUAUUUUGCAAAAUUAUUUUAAAGUGUGAAAAAUCAAAUUAUUAAUAGUUAUUUCCACAAUGCCAUCUGCAAAUCCAAAAGUAUAUCAUGAGCGACAAACACGUCAGCUUUGCGCCUUGCACACAUUAAACAAUCUAUUUCAGUGCCGCCAAGCAUUUACCAAAGAGCAAUUAGAUCAGAUUUGCACUAAUCUAAAUCCCAAUGUGUGGCUGAAUCCACAUCGCUCCAUGUUGGGUUUGGGUAACUAUGACAUCAAUGUAAUUAUGCAGGCGCUGCAACUACGCAACUGUGAGGCUGCCUGGUUUGACAAACGCAAGGAUCCUGAAUGUAUUGAUUUAAGUGUUAUUGUUGGCUUUAUUCUAAAUGUACCUUCGGAUUACAAAUUCGGCUUUAUAACACUACCUUUACAUAAAAGACAUUGGAUAGCGGUACGUGCCAUAGAUGGAAAGUACUACAAUUUAGAUUCUAAGCUACAUGUGCCCGAAUGCAUAGGAACAGAACAGCAAUUAUUUGCAUAUUUAAGACAGCAAUUGCAAGCCAAUGAUCGAGAAUUAUUCGUCAUAAUCGAAUCUAGUGCCAAUGAGACGGACGCGCCAAAGAAAUGGUUAAAAGAAACUAACAAGUCCUCACCCUCUGACAUACCGCCCUGUACGAUGAAUGGUCAUGUGUCAUGAGUUGUAUAAGUUUGGUGCUAAAAUAAUUUUUAAGAUGUUUUUAGGUUGUAAUAUCAAGUUUUUCAUUGUUAUGAAAGAAACAGAAAGACUCUAGUCUGGAUAUUAUUAAAAAAAAAUACUAACAAAACAUGACACAUUAAAACAAUUAACAAAGAGACUUGAAAAGUUGACGUUAUUAAGAAGAAUUGUAUGUGUGUUAAAUUGUUGGUAAUUAAGUUUAAGUUUUUUUUUUAUUAUUGAGCACAAAAAUGGAUUUAGAAUAUAUUUAAAAUAUAUAUAGAUUUAAUAAAAGAUGUACAAAAUAUGUUUGAACAA